GGGGCUGGUGGUAUCGGCUGCGAGCUUCUCAAGACCCUCGCCCUCUCUGGUUUCCGAGAUAUUCAUAUUGAUUACGUACCAAAAAGGGUGCAACAAGCUAUUCACUUAAAUCUUCAUUGGAUGAGCUUUCAUUGAUGAACUGAUCAUGCGGUAUUCAGCAACCACUGUUUUUCUUGGUGUAUGGGGAAUAUAGAACCAAUUGGAGCCUUCAAGGGAUUGACAUGGACACGAUAGAAGUCAGCAACCUUAACAGGCAAUUUUUGUUUCGUCAGAAACAUGUUGGACAAUCAAAGGCCAAGGUUGCACGGGAUGCUGUCUUGAGAUUUAGGCCUAACAUAAGUAUCACACCCUACCAUGCAAACGUCAAGGAUCCUGACUUCAAUGUUGACUUCUUUAAGCAAUUUAAUGUUGUCUUGAAUGGCCUUGACAACUUGGAUGCACGGCGACAUGUAAAUCGACUAUGCUUGGCAGCGGAUGUUCCCUUGGUUGAGAGUGGGACUACUGGGUUUCUUGGACAGGUGACCAUACACCUCAAGGGAAAAACAGAGUGCUACGAGUGCCAGCCAAAACCUGCCCCAAAAUCAUACCCUGUAUGCACAAUCACCAGUACGCCUUCAAAGUUUGUUCACUGCAUUGUAUGGGCGAAAGACCUACUGUUUGCGAAGUUGUUUGGAGAUAAAGCACAAGAUAAUGAUUUGAAUGUGCGUUCUGGUAAUGCUAGCACUUCAGACCAUACAGAUGAUGUUUUUGAGCGUAGGACGGAUGAAGACAUUGAGGAAUAUGGAAGGAGAAUAUAUGACCACGUAUUUGGUUAUAAUAUUGAAGUGGCCUUGUCCAAUGAAGAGACAUGGAAAAACCGCAAUAGGCCGAGGCCAAUUUAUAGUAAAGAUGUAUUACCUGAAAGACCGAUUAAUCAGAAUGGAAAUAUGGAUGGAGCGAGUGCGACUGAUAACCCAUCUUCAGUCUCUGCCAUGGCGUCUUUGGGCAUGAAAAAUCCACAAGAAAUAUGGAGUCUCAUGGAAAAUUCGAAGAUCUUUUUGGAGGCUCUGAAGCUUUUCUUUGGGAAAAGAGAUAAGGAGAUUGGAAACCUUAGUUUUGAUAAAGAUGAUCAAUUAGCCGUGGAAUUUGUUACUUCUGCUGCAAAUAUCCGGGCUUCUUCUUUUGGUAUCCCUCUGCACAGCCUUUUUGAAUCUAAAGGUAUGGCGGGUAACAUUGUUCAUGCUGUUGCUACGACAAAUGCUAUUAUAGCUGGAUUGAUCGUGAUUGAGGCGAUCAAGGUGCUGCAGAAGGAUGCAAAGAACUAUAGAAUGACUUAUUGUCUGGAGCAUCCAUCAAAGAAGAUGUUGCUUAUGCCAGUGGAACCAUAUGAACCGAACAAAUCAUGCUAUGUCUGUUCUGAGACACCGCUGACCCUGGAGAUUAACACCCAUCAAUCAACCUUAAGAGACUUCGUUGACAAAAUUGUUAAGGCGAAGCUCGGAAUGAACCUUCCCCUUAUCAUGCAUGGGUCAGCCCUUCUUUAUGAAGUUGGCGAUGAUCUUGAAGAAGACAUGGUUGCAAAUUAUGCAGCCAACCUUGAGAAGGUAAUGUCAGAGCUUCCGUCUCCUGUUACAAGUGGGACUCUCCUUACAGUCGAGGAUCUCCAACAAGAGCUGACUUGUAAUAUUAAUGUUAAACAUAGGGACGAAUUUGAUGAGGAGAAGGAACCAGAUGGAAUGGUUCUCUCUGGAUGGACUCAAGCCCCUGCAGUUGAAAAGAAAGAUGAGAACCAUGUAGGCAACGGUGUUGGCACAUCUAAGAACAUGCCUACAAAUGCGGAGCAAGUUGAAAUGAAUGAAGACCUAGAGAUUGUUCCUGCAGAUGUUGAGAUUCCUGCUGAAAAGAAAAGAAAGCUGUCCGAGAUUUCAAAUAACGAUGGUUUGGGUACUUCAAGGGGUGCUGCUGAAACUAACAGCCACAGUAAAGUGGAGGAGCUUGACGACGACGACGACGUUGUUUUCAUCUGCGAUGGAGACUCAGACACUAUCAAGAGGAAAAAGCUGCACUAGUUCUUGCAUCCUAAUUUUGUACUGACUGAGAGACAAUAUUCUUUUGGCGCGUAUAGUUGUUGGUGUCCCAUAUAAUCUGUAGUGAAUGGCUUGAGUUAGACGUAGCCAAUUGUCAAGCCGUGUACUUGAUCUAGAUGUGAGAAGCCAGCCCUCAUUUUUGCACCGGAAACGUGCAGAACUAACUCGACUUGUAAUGCGUGAAUUAACAAAUUGUGACACUCAUUUUACUUA